AUGGAUAUACCACACGUUACAGCAGUCGAGUUUCCCCUAUGCGUUAAAAACAUCGAUAAGGCCAUUGAAUCGAUUGGAGGUAAAAAGAAAAUCUCUGAAUCAAUUAACCAAGGCGAACCAUUGGAGUUGAGACUACGUAAAGAUCCGUUUCAUCACCCUGUUCAGGCACUGAUUACUACCAAUGAGCGAAUACUUUUGAAAGUUUCAAUACCAAAAAAGAUUAUUUCCAAGGAGAAUCGUACACAACCGUUGCGUGAACUAAUCAAAAUAAACGAUGAUGACCCUUCAACAUCCAAAACGCGGAUUCAGCCGAUUGCUAUAAUUGACAAGACUUUUAGGUUUCGAGCGAUGGGCGAUUUUCAAGUAAUUACCAAGAAUAACCCAUUUGUUCAAGAGUUCAAAAAGAAUAUGUGUGAUUGCAGUAAUUUUGCAUCUGUACAAAAUUAUGUCAACAACCAUCACAAUUUUCAAGGAUACCUCGAUAUAGAUGAUGAAUAUUUUCUGAAUAAUGACCAUCACUUACCACCACCACCUAUUCUAUCACCAAUUAGGUUCCCCUUUGAUUACAAGUAUCAAAAAAAUCGAAUAUCCCAACUUGUUAAAAACAAACAAGGACAAGUAAAGGUAGUUUCAACGAAAAACUCGGUAAAACUACAUACGAAAAUAAUUGAUCAUUUGGCAACACCACCAACACAUCCCGCUGAAGAUCUAGUCAAAAACCGAGAAAUCAUUUCCAAGUCAAAGUUAGCACCAAAUGAUGCAAAUUCAAAGUUGAUUAAAUGUAUAGAAUGGUGUGAAGAAAUGUACGAAAUAAAACCAAUUUGGAUACGAAAACAAUUAUAUGAUGUUGUUCCACUAGAGUUGAAAAAAUUCUUACGUUUGGCAUUACCAUACGUUACUUAUGUUUAUAGAAGUGGACCUUGGAGAUUUUGUAAUAUUAAAUUUGGAAUCGAUCCAAGAAGCGAUUCGAAAUACUGGGUGCAUCAGUGUGAGUAUUUUCGAGUUGCUGGUGUCAAAGAUUCGUCGAGUAUCAAUAAUAGCAAUGUUAAUAAAGUUGUUCCUGCUACAUUGGAUAAAUCCAUAAAGAAAAUCCAAGUUUCACAGAAUCUUUUGUUUGAUGGUAUCAACCUACCCACUGCUGUGACAUAUCAAGUGGGUGAUAUUUUGGAUUUAGAUAUCACCUCGAUAAUUGAAAAUCAUAUGAAAAAUAUGGGUAAAGAUUUUUUAAGACAAACAUGCGAUGCACUGGAUGGUUGGUUGAAUGCAAGAACAAUGGAUAUAAUAAGAAAAAUAGUCAGGUACAAAUUAAAGCAAUUGAUCAAUGAAGAGCCAAUAGAUCAAAAUAAGAUUUAUAAAAUGUCGAACGCAAAUGUGGUUAAAGAAGAACCAUUUUAUAGUGAGGAAAUUAAAAAAGAACCAGGUGAGGAAGAUGGGGAAGAAGACAAAGAAGAAGAAGAAGAAGAAGAAGAAGAGGAGGAGGAGGAGGAGGAGGAAGAAGAAGAGGAAGAAGAGGAAGAAGAAGAAGAGGAUGACGAGGAUGACGAGGUGGAGGAGGACGCGAAUGAGUUGGUAGGAGAGGCGUCAAUAUUAGAGGAAGAAGAAGAAGAAGUGAACGAAAGAGAGGAGUUAGAUGAGGAUGAUGCCGAGGCAAUGGAUAUCGAUGAAGAAGAUGUGUUAUCGAGAUUAAAGAAUAUUAAUAAAGAUGCUUCGGAAAAUAUUAGUCAUCUAGUUUCCUUUAUCAAACAAGAUGAUAUAAAUGAUUCCGAUUAA